CCUCAGGCUUGUUCAGCCAAAACAUCUUUUUUUUUGCAAUGGAAAAGAGGACCAGCAAGGGUAAGCAAAAGAUUGAAAUGGAACUGAUGGAAGCAGAGGAAGCACGCGCUGCUACUUUCUCGAGAAGGAUAAAACCUUGUUCAAGAAAGCGGAGCUUUCAACCAAAUCAACAUGCAUGAUGGAUUGUGAAGCUGCUGAUAUUUUGCAAGGAAUCCAAGAGAACAUGGUGGUGUUGUCUGAUGAUCCAGCCAUAAAACUACCUGUUUCAUUUGACAGGGGAUUGGCAUAUGGUCAAAGGAUCAGGCUUUAUGAUAAUCCCCAGGCUGUUGAACAAAUACUUGGGCCUCUAAAACAGCAUGGCGUUUCUGAUGGGGAGCUUUGCAUGAUUGCCAACUUUCCCUUGGAAUCUGUUGAUGAAGUGUUUGCUUUUGUUCCCUCAUUUAAGAAUAGAAAGAGCAAGCUGAGAGUUCCCCUCGAGAAUGUCUUGGCUGAACUAACCAAACUUAGAAAGGCAGCAUAAAUGGCUCAAGAGGAGCAUUCUAUGGUACUCGUCCAGAGGGUUCUGCAUGUCUUACUGAAGGUCAUGCCCAACAGUUGAGCAGCCAGCAACUGUUGUCGUCUUUCUUCUUCUGUCUUUCUUUUGUCUAGUUAUUAGCUAGGAUUUCAGUGCUUCAGUGUCAACCUGUUAGCUGGCUGAUUCCCAAAAGGAAGAUGCCCUCUAAUUAUCCUACCAAGAAACAAACAAAAAAAAAAGGUGUUCCUAUGUUCGCAAUCCAGCCAGAGAUGGAUCCAAUAUUUGAAGUUUGUCGGUUUCUAUUAUGAUCUCAAAUUAAUAUGUUCUAGUAGCUGAGUUCAAGUCAAAUAUUUAGUGAGUUUCGUAGUUCUUAGAUUUUGCAGAAAAAUGGAAACAAAAACUUGAAUGUAGCCUUGUUCUUGUGCUUAUGCAAAAGCUUUCAGUCAGAUGAUUGAAAGAGUGUAGUCCCUUCAUUGUUACAAAAUCAGCUUUGUCUUGGUUUA